CCGGAGAUGAAGGUGAUCAUCACACUACGGUAUCUUGCCACGGGAAAAAUGCAAAUGUGUAGCAGCGACGACCUCGGCCCAUCACAGCCCAGCAUCAGCAGAGCCAUCACCCAGACCAUUGACGCCCUUGCAAACGUCAAUAUUCUCAAGCAGUUCAUCAGCUUCCCCACCACCCAAGACGUUACUGAGGCGAACAAGGCAGACUUCCUCACCAUUGCAAAUUUUCCCGGGGUUAUUGGUGUCGUUGAUGGGACACACGUAAGGAUUGUGGCACCAAAGGAGGAGGAAGACGUGUUUGUCAACCGCAAGGGAUAUCACAGUAUUAAUGUGCAGGUCAUAUUUGAUGCCAACUAUCGAAUACUGGAUAUCCUAGCGAAGUGGCCUGGCUCAGUGCAUGAUGCACGUAUUUUGAAUGGCUGUGGAGUGGCAGAAUUGUUCCAGAGAGGGCAUGUGCCACCAGGUAGUCACUUGUUGGGAGACAGUGGCUAUCCCAGCAAGCCAUGGCUCCUGACACCUUACCUGCGACCUCUGCCUGGACCUCAGUCACGCUAUAAUAGGGCCCACAAACGGACACGGAGUGUUGUGGAACGGGGAAUAGGACAGCUCAAGCGCCGCUUUCAUGUCCUACACAGCGAGGUCCGAGUAACUCCCCCGGUGAAGGUGUGCAAGCUGAUACAUGUAUGCGGCAUGCUCCACAACAUCUGCAAGGACAGGAAUAUUCCCAUUCCUCUCGAUGCGGCUCAACCUAACGCUGAAGAAGUGGAUCUUGCCAUGGCACAACCUGAAGGUGUGCAAGUUGUGCCGCCACUUCCAGCUGGUCAGCGGAAUGAAGGUCGCCUGUAUCGAGAUGAAUUCUGCAACUUGCAUUUUCAGUAAGUUGGAUAUUUUAUACAUAUAUGUUUUUCGAAUUGAAUCUGGGAAACACUCAUUUCUUAAGAAUCUGCAUUAUUCUGUAUCAUUAUUAUUAUGAAACUACCUACUAGUUAAUUUGUUUUUCGUUCUAGCA